GGAAACCCCACACUCUAGGUCUCUACUUGUACGCGUGCCCCAAAGUUGGGCGAGAGUCCCGCCUGCUGUGCAUUCCCGUUGCGUCUCUGACACGGAGGCUUCUUUCACUGUGCUCUGUGUCAGUGUGAGGGAAGGAGUUACCUGUGUUUACAGCUCAUGUGUAACCAUGCUGUGUUAGUUAGACAUGUUAUCUCUGGAAAACCCUGGAGCGGAGGUUCUGGGUGAUGACAUUCAGUUCCUGCCGAUCCAUCUACCUGAUUAUGCCAGAGACCACAGAGAGACCUUGAAAAUGAUCUGAACAGGGGUCAAACACAAGACUGGACCCUUGAUAUAGUAGGAAAUGCUGUCCUUCUCAGAUGUGGCCAUUGAGUUCUCUCUGGAAGAGAGGGAAUGUCUGAAGCCUGCUCAGUGGAAUCUGUACAGGGAUGUGAUGUUGGAGAAUUACAGCCACCUUGAGUUCCUGGGUCUUGCUGUCCCUAAGCCACACCUGGUGACAUUUCUGGAGCAAAGACCAGAGCCUUCAGAUGGGGAGAGACAAGCAGCAGCCACCGUGCACCCAGGAACAAUACCCGAAGAUUUUAGCAUUUUCUCCAAGACCAUUGAUGAUAACUCACUAUACAUUCAAUGCCGGAGAAUUCAUACAAGGGAGAAACCUUACAAGUGUGAAGAAUGUGGUAAGGGCCUUAGUUCUUCUAAAGCACUUUCCAUACACCAGAGACUUCACACUGGAGAAAAACCCUACACGUGUAAAGAAUGUCACAAGGCCUUCAAUACUCGCUCAUCACUUUUUAUACACCAGAAAGAUCAUACUGAUGAAAAAACCUACAGGUGUGAAAAAUGUGGCAGAUCAUUUUACUAUCUUUCAAUGUUGAAGCAACAUCAAAGGAUUCAUUCUAGAGAGAAAUCCUACAAAUGCAAAGCAUGCGGCAGUUGUUUCUUCUCGUUUUCAUGCCUUAGACAACAUCAAAGAAAACAUACUAGAAAGAAAUCAUACAAGUGUAAGAGGUGUGGCAAAUGUUUUUGCUUCAUUUCAUCCCUUUGGCAACAUCAAACAAUUUACUGUAAAGACAAUCCCUACAAGUGUGUGGACUGUGGCAGAAACUUUAAGUCUUUGUUAUCCCUUAGACGACAUCAAACAAUCCAUUCAGCACACAGUCCUUAUACCUGUGUAUACUGUGGCAAAUGGUUUCCCUGUUCUAGGGCUCUUCGGGAUCAUCAAACAAUUCACACUGGAGAGAAACCCUACAAGUGUGACGAAUGUCACAAAGCCUUUCAUUAUCACUCAUCCCUUAAGACACACAAGAAAGUUCAUAUGGAAGAGAAACCCUACAAGUGUGAGGAAUGUGACAAAGCCUUUUAUUAUCACUCAUCCCUUUGGAGACACAAGAAAGUUCAUAAUGGAAUGAAACCCUACAAAUGUACAGAGUGUGACAGAUGUUUUAACUCAUCUGUAUCCCUUAGACAACAUCAAAAAAUCCAUUCUGAAGACAAUUGUCAUACCUGUGUACACUGCAGCAAAAGGUUUUCAAAGUCUAGGGAUCUUCGGGUUCACCAAAGAAUUCAUACUGGAGAGAAACCAUACAAUUGUGAAGAAUGUCACAAAGCCUUUCCUUAUCUCAAUUCCCUUAGGAGACACAGGAAACUUCAUACUGGAGAGAAACCCUACACGUGUGAAGAAUGUAACAAAACCUUUCAUGGUAAUUCAUCCCUUAGAAAUCAUAAGAGAGUUCAUACUGGAGAGAAACCCUACAAGUGUGAAGAAUGUCACAAAACAUUUCAUCUUAACUCAUCUCUUAGUAGACACAAGAGACUUCAUACUGGAGAGAAACCCUACAAGUGUGAAGGAUGUCACAAAUCCUUUCAUCAUAACUCAUCUCUUAGUAGACACAAGAGACUUCAUACUGGAGAGAAACCCUACAAAGGUGCAGACUGUGACAGAUGCUUUUCCUCAACUUCAUCCUUUUUAUGACAUAAAAGAAAUACUCAUUAUGUUGAGAAUCCCUAAAAUUUCGGGGAAUGUAGCAAAGACUUUA